UGGUCUGGCCUGAUCAGACACAGUCUUCGCUACAUUGUCCAAGCCGCGCCACACGCUACCAGUUCAAAUCAGCAAAAUGAAAAUCUUAGUUGCCAUCUGCGUGCUGAUUAGUUUGGCCUCAGCCGAAUAUGUCUUGAAGAGUCGCGAGAAUAUGCUGGCCUAUCGCGACGAGUGCGUCAAGGAGCUGUCCCUGCCUGCCGAUCUUGUGGAGAAGUACACCAAGUGGGAGUAUCCCAACGAUGCCCAGACCCAGUGCUACAUCAAGUGCGUCUUCACCAAGUGGGGUCUGUUCGAUGUCCAGACCGGCUUCAGUGUGGAGAACAUCCACCAGCAGCUCGAGAACGGACACGCUGACCACAACGAGGCGCUCCAUGCAAGCAUCGCUGGCUGUGUGGACAACAACGAGCAGGGAUCCAAUGCCUGCGAGUGGGCCUACCGCGGUGCCACCUGCCUCCUGAAGGAGCAUCUGCAGAAGAUCCAGAAGAGCCUGGUCCCCAAGGCCUAGAAAUAGAUGAUAACAAUUACUGAUAGCCAUUAAUUUAGUUAAUAAACCGAUUGAACGUACCACUUGA